AUUCUUGAAAAUAUGUGUUAUACAUCAAAAUAAAGCUUAACUUCUUGUUAAUCCAGCCGCUGUGUCAGAUUUCAAAAAGGCUUUACAGCGAAAGCAUAUCAUGAGUUUAUCUGAGGACAGCGCCCAGCACACAAAACAUUACAUACAGUUACCAAACAAGUAGAUUAGUCGUCAAAGUCAGAAAUAGCAAUAAAAUGAAUCACUUACCUUUGAUGAUCUUCAUAUGGUUGCACUCAUAAGACUCCCAAUUACACAAUAAAUGUUUGUUUUGUUUGAUAAAGUCCCUCUUUAUAUCCAAAUACCUCAGUUUUGUUGGCACGUUUUGUUCAGUAAUCCAAUGGCUCAAAGGCAGUCACAACAGGCAGAUGAAAAAUCCAAAUAGUACCGGUAAAGUUCGUAGAAACAUGUCAAACGAUGUUUAUAAUCAAUCCUCAGGUUGUUUUUAGUCAUAAUAAUCAAUAAUAUUUCAACCGGACAAUAGCUUCGUCAAUAUAAAAGGAAAACAAGAAAGGCGCACUCUCGGCCGUGCGCAGCAAACAGGUCUGGGUACUUCCCAGGGUCCACUCACUCAGAGUGGUCUUACUCCCUUAUUUUUCAGAAUACAAGCCUGAAACAAUUUCUAAAGACUGUUGACAUCUAGUGGAAGCCAUAGGAAGUGCAAUUUGAGUCCUAAGUCAUUGGAUACUGUAUUCAAUAGAAAACUACAAACAUAAAAAAAUCCAGUUUUGGAAACGUUAGCCGUUAGAGUGUUUUCUAUCCAAAUCUACCAAUUAUAUGCAUAUCCUAGCUUCUGGGCCUGAGUAACAUGCAGUUUACUUUGGGCACGCUUUUCAUCCGGAGGUGAAAAUAGUGCCCCCUACCCUAGAGAGGUUAAGGACAUUUUUACCUCUGAACUUAUUUAGGCAUGCCAUAACAAAAGGGUUGAAUAUUUAUUUUAUUUUUGUAUUAAUUUUAUAAUUUUUUUAAAUCAAAAAACACAAUUCCACUUUGCCAUUAUGGGGGGAUUGUGUGUAGGCCCGUGACCAAAAAAUCUAAAUUUAAUACAUUUUAAAUUCAGGCUAUAACACAACAAAAUUUGGAAAAAGUCAACCAUUCUGAAGGCAUCUGUAAUUGAGGCCACAUGCUGCGCUUUCUCUCCAAACCAAUUCAGAUAAAACAACAGCCUACUCAUUGUAGCCUACUCCUCAUUUCGUUAACUUUUAUUUCCAUAUUUCUUUUCCAACUUGCAUUGCAUCAGUGAACUCUCACUCCACUUGCUUGACAUUGAGCCUCUUUGCCACUUUGAUUGGCAAACAUAAACAAAAAGCUACACACCUGAAGGUUCUGGUUGGCUACUGGUCUUUUUAUGGGGCGCACGUGCACUUCAUAGAAACUACAUUAAAGAGUUGAACUUUUAUUAAAUGAAUCAUUUGAAAUGUCAUGGCAUAUCCGGGUAUGCAACAAUGUCACAUGGGGGGGGGGUCCCUAGACCAAGUUUGUGAAACGCUGGAGAAUAAAAGGGCUCCAUACCAAGCCACGAUCAGUAUGCAAAUGUGGAACGUUGCAGACAGAAAUGCCAUAGCAUCACAGGAAGCUGCUGAGGUGAGGACGGCUCAUAAUAAUGUCUGGAAUGCGGUGAAUAGUAUCAAACGCAUUAAAAUCAUGUAUUUGAUGUGUUCGAUAGCAUUCCAUUAAUUCCGUUCCAGCCAUUACUAUGAGCCUGUCCUCCCCAAUUAAGGUAUUACUGGCAGACUGUCAUAGAGAUGCCUCGAUUCAUGAUUCAGUCGAACAACUCCGUCGAUUCUAUUUAAUUUCCAUCUACUCUAAUAAAAACCAAAACUGACUUGUAAAAUAUGUAAUGCAUAUUGUAGCCCUAUGCAGUGCCAUUGUUACACAACUCUUAUCUGUCCAACUAUGUUUGUUCAUUACAUUUAGAGCACCACACGACUUUGAAGGUAUGUGUCCAAAUCUUAUCUUUCAUGUAUUAUUUUGAUUGUCCCAUGUUAUGCUUGUUAGGUGUUAGGGCCUUUUAUAACAGCGAAUUGUAGGCCUAUAGUUUGAGUGAUUAAUGGUAUAACUUACUCAAUUAAAACAGCUGUAGGCUGCUUACACUUGAGUCUAGGAACAUACCACACUGAAAAUAUCUAUGUAGUAGAUACGUCAACUUUCAGAAUGAUACCUGUGAGAAGGGGUACUAUUUGUGAAGUUAAACAUUGCCUGGACAUGUUGUUAUGAAAGACCCCUAAAUGUUGUAAAACAUAAAGUAAAAUUGUGUCUGUGUAAAUUUAAGAUUCUUGUUUGCUAUUUAUAACCUCACAAUGUAAUUUAUUCUCAAUUGCAUUUUGUUUCUCAUCUCUGAUCUGUCCCAUCUCCUCUCAAUCCCUCAUUCAUUGGUCACCAGAACACACAAGGCAGCCAUUGCUGGGAAAAUGCAGGGCCAGAGAGAGAAGACAUUCAUAUUGAUCCUCGUUGCUGCGCUCUCUCACAGGGUGACUCAGGCAAAGGUAAUGGAUAUGGUUCCUAAUGCCGUGGAUGACCAGUACACUCACUGUCGGGAGCAGAUGUGGAAGAAGGUUGUGGAAGGGGGUCUGCUGGAAGAAGAACUGAAAGGCAGUAUAGAGUAUAGUUCUGCCUGGCAGGCAAAGCAGUGUACAAAAUUGAUCCCGGGAGGCGUCAAGCAACACACAGAUGCAUUGGUGGCUUAUGGACAUGGGGGAAAUGUGUUCAGAAAGAUUUUCAACCAAGCAGUGGAGACUCAGGGUGGGAAUGUCACUGUCUAUAACGGCAACUUCCGGUUCAAAUCCCUCCACUUCCUUCUAAUGGAUGCCAUGAGGCUUUUGAAGACAGAGAACUGCCAAACUGUGUUUCGUGGCCCAAGCAAAGAGUAUGAGGCACAAGUAGGGUCAGAAGUGCGAUUUGGGAGGUUUACCACAACCAAGGCCAAACGUUCCGACGCGGAGGAAGCUGCAUCAGACAGUGGGAUCCUUUUCAACAUUAUUUCCUGCACUGUAGUCAACAUUGAUGAGUACACUUGCUUUUCAGACAGCAUUGAUCAGCUGAUAUCCCCAGCAGAGGUGUUUAGGGUGGCAGAGGUAAACAAUGUAAGAAAUAAAGAUCACGAGUACAGAGAGAUCGUUUUGACAAGUUCAAGGACUCACAGCAUUGACAGCAUCCACGACUGUUACCUCUUCCCCAGAUCUACAAGUACGAAUCUUCCAUCAAUCAUCCCCAAAGGCUCCUCUACUCAAUGGCUUGGCAGUAGCCUGUCUGUUCUUGUGGUUGUAUCUCUCUCUAUCUCUCUGAUCACCAGGACUGAUCAUCUCUGAUAAACUAAAGUGUUGAAUGAUAAUAGAUGCGGUAAAGAAGUCAAUGGAACGCAGACCGUGGGGGAUAGAAGGACGCACAUUCAACCAAUCUGAUUUAACAAAAUAGAUAUUUGUCAAAUUAUCAUUUUUUAUGUAUUGUAACAUGCCUUGAAUGUGCUUACUAAAGUUUGAUUUGGAUCUGUCUGUUUUCACGGCAUAACAUUUAGAAAUAGUCCCUUUCAGGUUUAGUAGAAGUGACUGCUAAAGGCUAACUCCCAUUCGUAUAGACUGGUAGCAUAGCUAGCUUAGAGAAAUCGAUGGUGGUAGUAAGUCGUUUUUUAACUGUAAUGCAGUUUCUUGGUGAUGAUGACAUCAACAUGUAUUCGGGUUGACAUCCAUACCAGCAUUAUUCUCAGAUUUUUACCUCAACAUAGUGUGAAACACACAAACAAUAGCCUAAAUGUAGGCUAAUUUUGCUGGUGGCCAUUGAGGAGAUUCUGAAUCUUUUCCCCACGACAUCUUUUCCCCCAUGCGUUUCCAUGGCAUUUUCAUUGUUUUGGUUGAGUUCCAAUGACCUCUUCACUGCAUCUAUUGAAAAGGACAAACACACAGACACACACACACUUGCAUGUAUGUAAUAUCAGUGCACACAGACACAGAUAUUCAUCAAAUGUGACAAAGCGCCAACCUGUCAAACCCCUCUUAGCAUAAUGAUAUUCUCUUGAAAAAUGUAUUUCUUUGCAUUUUAUUGUUUUUGUAAAAAAAUAAAAUAUCAUGGUGAAUAGAUAAUAUUAGAAAAUACGUUUUAAACAUUGUGGUAUGCAUUUAGCACAUAUUUUGGUAUCACAACAAUUGACUGUGGGUGGUGUCCAGUUUUCAUAGAUGUAAUUUAAUUUUCCUCUUGUUUUGUUAUCGAAUAAAGAAACAAGUUGAGCAUUUUUGAGUGUUGUAUAGGACACCUUUUGCAUCUACGCAUUGAGAUGGGGUGGGAGGG